AUGUGCGAUAAUACAGCUGCAAUACAAAUCUCAGAAAACCCAGUUCAACAUGAUCGAACAAAACAUGUAGAGGUUGAUCGGCAUUUCAUCAAGGAAAAACUGCAGGAAAGGAUCAUAGAGCUCCCACAACAAUCUAUUGGUUGUGAAUUGGAGUACGAUGAAAAUGAUUCGUUCAGAAACACAAUCAAUCUUGCCAUUGAUUGCAAUGAGAUUUUGGAAUGCGGGAUCAAUGACAUGUUCGAAGAAACCGAGGAACUUCAUUUACUUAUGAAUGAUAUGAAUUAUCUUGAAGAUGUUUCAAUGCAUCACCCUUUUACCAAUUUAAGAGUCCUUCAUGUUUAUAAGUGUGCAAACUUAACAUACCUCUUCGCGGUUCCUGUGGCAAGUGGUUUCAACAAACUUGAGCGGCUCAUAAUUUCUGAAUGCCCCGUUCUCAAAGCACUAGUUAGUGAGAAUAAUGUAGCUGGGGUGAUUAAAUUUCAGAAGUUAAAUUUUAUGUCAUUGGAGGGUCUACCCAUGAUGGUUGUAAGUCCUAAAUUGGAGAAAUUAGAAAUUUCUAGGAUGGAGAACCUGAAGCAGAUAUGGCCGUGUCAGAAUUAUACUACCGAGAUAAGUAGUGUUUCAAUGUUGAGGCAAAUUAUAGUGAGAGAAUGUGAUAGCCUUGUGAAUCUUUUUCCAACCAAUCCAUUGCCAUUACUGAAUCAUUUGGAAGAUCUUGAAGUUCAUGGGUGUGGUUCCAUUCGAGUGUUAUUCAACAUCGACUUCGAAAGUGUUUUUGGAAUGGAGGGAUACGUUAGCAGGUUAAGGAGAAUUAAAGUUGAUGAUUUAGGGAAGCUAAAAGAAAUGUGGAGAAUCAAAGGUUCAAAUAACUCUGAAAUCCUAGUCAGCGGAUUUAAAGCUAUAGAAAGGAUUGAGAUCGAACGAUGUUACAACUUCAAAAAUAUAUUCACACCUACAACAACCAAUUUUGAUCUCAGAGCACUUACAACGUACAUUUCAUAUAAUACUGGGAAAGAUUUGGAAGAAGGUGAUAUAGAGAAUAAAUCGACUAAUAGCGACCAAGAGAUUAAUGGUAUGUCAGAAAUGGAUGCUUAUAUUCCUAAUGCCACAUACCCAUCUUAUCUUCUACAUGCAUGUCAUCACCUUCAACAUCUUCAGUUAGGAGAUGAUGAAAGAGUGGAGGUGGUGUUUGAUAUGGAUAGUUCGUGUAUUAGAGAGUUACCAACUAUUCGAGGUGCUCAAUCACCACUGCUACUUCCUUACCUUAAUGUUCUAGAAUUAUAUCAGUUGAAGGAGAUGAGUCAUGUUUGGAAGUGCGAUUGGAAUAACUUCAUAAUUCCUCAACGUCAGCCUUUGGAAUUUCCAUUCCAAAAUCUGACAGACAUAUCCUUGUGGAAUUGUCACAAAAUAAAGUACUUGUUUUCACCUCUAAUGGCGAAAUAUGUAUCCAACUUAAAGUGGGUCAAUAUAGAUGAAUGUGAUGGCUUCGAAGAAGUUAUUUCAGACAGAGAUGAUGAAAAUGGAGAAAUUACUACAUCUACAUCUUCUUACAAAAACACCACAUUCUUUCCUCAUUUGGAUUUUCUUGUGCUUAGUAACCUGUCAUCGCUAAAGCGUAUUGAUGGUGGUGAUAUAAGGAGAAGGAGCGGACAAAUUUCCUCCACUAUUGCCGAUACCAUUCAUGAUCAAUUCCAGAGUGUUCAAGUAAUUAUCGGUGCUUGUUGGUCGUUGUGCCAAUACCCCAGGCAGAUAUCCAUAGACAACUGUGAUACAGUGUCAAAUCUAAUUCCAUGGUAUGCAGCAGGAAAAAUGAAAAGACUUGAAAAGCUGAAAAUAAAGUUUUGCAAAACCAUGAUGGAGGUAUUUGAAAGUGAUUCGAUCAACAACGAUAAUAACAAUGUAAAUGUUGAGGAAGGAAAUGCUGCAUUGACAAGUCCAACAUUAAAAAACAAUGCUAUUGUUGUCCCUCAACUCUCCAACCUAAAGAUCGUGUGUAUCAUUGGGUGCGAUAUUCUAUCACAUGUGUUCACUUUCUCCACUCUUGAAAGCCUCAAGCAACUCAAAGAGUUAAGAGUAGAAAAAUGCUAUGCAUUACAAGUGAUUGUAAAAGAAGAAAGUGAAACCUCAUCCAAAGUUGUGGUGUUUCCUCGUAUAGAGACCCUUGAACUUGAUGAUCUACCAAACCUCGAGGGUUUCUUCUUGGGAAUGAAUAACUUCCGCUGGCCCUCACUGGAUAAUGUUAUGAUCAAUGAUUGCCCUCAACUGUUGGUGUUUACAUCUGGUGAGUCGAAAUCUCCAAAGCUCAGGUACAUACGCACAAGCUUAGGCAAACACAGUCUUGAAUGUGGCCUUAACUUUCGUGGAACGAUCAAUCAGACCGCAUUGCCAAGUUCAGAUUCUAUUAUUUCAAAAGGGAUGCCUUGCUCUUUUUAUAAUUUGGUCGAAUUAUCUAUGCGGGACAGAGAUGUUGCAACAAUUAUUCCAUUUAAUGCGUUGCUACAUUUGCAAAAGCUUGAAGAGAUUCAUUUGAAGUCAUGUAAUUCCGCAGAGGAGUUAUUUGAAGUAGGUUUACAAGGUGGUUUAAGUGAAUUACAAACUGUUGUUAAAAUUCCAAACCUAAGACAAGUGAACCUAGAGUGGCUAGAUGGUCUCAAGUAUUUAUGGAAGAGCAACCAAUGGAUGGUGCUAGAGUUUCCAAAUCUAACAAGUGUGUCUAUUCAUCUUUGCAAUAGUUUGGAGCAUGUUUUUACAUGUUCUAUGGUUGGUAGUCUACUUCAACUCCAAGACCUACAUAUUAGUAUGUGCGACAAUAUAGAGGUAAUUGUCAAGGAAGAAGACGACGACGCUGAUGCCAAAGUAGAUGAGAUUGUCCUACCUCGUCUAAAGUCCAUAAAACUAGAAUAUCUUUCUCGUCUCAAGGGAUUUUGGUUAGGAAAUAAGGCUUUUUCAUUGCCAUCGUUGGAUACUUUGCAAAUCAAUGAAUGCCUCUCGAUUAAAGUUUUCACCAACGAACACUUGGCUACCCCAAAGUUGAAAGCGAUAGAUACAAGUUUCGGGUCGUGUUAUGUUCGUGGAGACCUCAACUCCUUUAUUAAGACCAAACAAGAAGAGGGGAAUCAAUUCUAG